ACAAUAGUCAGUUGUAGAUAAAUCCUUUAAAAAAAUUUAAAAAUGGCGACAAGAGAUCUUGUACUUUCUUGUAUAUCUAAGUCAAAAAUAUUAAAAUGGCACGUCAAACCAAAUGAUUCUGUUAAAAAAGAUAAUAUUAUUGCAACAUACGUUUUUACAGAGAAAAUUCCUGACUCUUCGAGCUUUAUAGUUCAAAGAAAGCUAAAAGCAAAAUUCAACGGAAAAGUAGUUGACCUUUCUGUUAAACCUAACGAAGAUGUUUCACGUGGACAAGUGGUAGCUCGCCUCAUACAGCAAGAUUGUGAACACAGUACUCUAAUGAAAGAUAUGUGCUGUGAUUGUGGAGCAGAUUUAAGAAAAGAAGCGGGAAUACCGGGUAAUCUAGUUGAAGCGACCACUGCUUCUGUUCCAGUUGUUCACAAUAUUCUUGAACUUAAAGUCAGUGUUGAGGAAGCUGAAAAGUUGGCCAAGUAUGACGAACAGCAGUUAUUGCGCGCACGGAAGUUAGUUCUUGUAGUAGAUCUUGAUAUGACACUAAUUCAUACCACAGUUGAACCUACUCCAAAAAAUACGAAGGAUGUGUUUUCUUUCAAGUUGCCUGGUCACCAAUACGAGUAUCACACAAAAUUAAGACCAGGAGCAAGAAAGUUUUUAGAAAGUAUCUCGAAGUUUUAUGAAUUACAUAUAUUUACAAUGGGUUCUCGUCUGUAUGCACAUACAGUUGCUAAGUGUCUUGAUCCAGACGGCAAGUUUUUUGCUCAUAGAAUACGUUCUCGUGAUGAGUUUAUCAACAGUUUUUCAAAGUUUCAUGAUCUCAAAGCUCUAUUUCCUUGUGGAGAUCACAUGGUUUGUAUUAUCGAUGACCGUGAGGAUGUUUGGAACUAUGCUCCUAAUCUUAUUACAGUAAAACCGUAUAAGUUUUUUAAAGGAGGUGAUGAUAUAAACGACCCCUUUCAAUCUCCAGGUCUCUCUGUAAAUAGUGAGGUUUGUGAGAAGAAAGUUGCAGAUGAUAAUCAAAUGAAAGAUUCUUGUGAUGAGAAAAUAAAAACUGCUAAUACUACUGCAGAUGAAGAUCCUGCUCUUUGUAGUGUUAGUAGUGAAAAAAAUGAUUCUAAUAAAAAAAUAUCUCUUAUAGAAUCUUCUUCAAACGAAAACACUCUUGAUAAAGCGAAUGGAGUCGAAAAUCGUACAGAUAAUGAUGAUUACCUAUUCUAUCUGGAUGAAAUUCUUGAACGUGUUCACUAUUCCUUUUAUUCGACGCUUGAUGCUGUAAAAGCUAAAGGAGGUGCCGCUUCUAAAGACACAGAAAUCACUAAAUUUUGUACAUUUGGCACUAUGAAUCCUGACAUAAGAGUAAUUUUACCUGAGUUAAGAAGACAAACAUUAAAGGGUUGUAACAUAGUCUUUACAGGCGUCAUACCUACUAAUUGUCCUUUAGAGAAAAGUAAAGCAUGGAAAACUGCUGUCAGUUUAGGUGCUCGGGUUACUUCUGAAGUUGUAGGUAAGGAAGAAGACGGACUGCGUACUACACAUGUAGUGGCUGCCAGGCAUGGUACUCAUAAAGCUCAUAAAGCAUAUAAAUCGCCGGAUAUUAAUUUGGUAAACCCGAACUGGCUUUGGUGCAGUAGCGAGCGAUGGGAAUGGGCGGAAGAAAGUAUAUUUCCCGUUCCAGUUGUAGAAAAUGGAACGCCUGGAUCGUCUCGACAAGUUACACCUCAGCAUAACUCUUUUGAAUCGUUUGGAAAAGCUCAUAGUAAGAAAAAGUUAUCUCCUUUAGCGGAAGAAGGUUUUGAAAUGCCAAAAGACAAUACAAAUUUAGUAAAUAGUAACCACCCUCUGUCAUCUUUAUCUAAAAGUGAUAUAGAUGAAAUGGAUAAAGAAGUAAACGAGUUGAUGUCAAUUGAUGACGAUAGUAACUCUAGCUGCGCAGAAAAUAAAUUUGUGUGUUUAUCUGAUCCGGGAAAGAGGAAGCGCCCAGUCAGUGAUGAUUUAAAUCUAACGUAUUUAAGUAAAAAACUCUUGAAAUCAGUAGGAGAUAAUGAUGGAGAAGACGAAGAUAUAACUGAUCAUUCUAGUUCUAGUUCUAAUGAAGAUGAUUAUUCUAGCUCUAGUUCGUCCUCAUCCAGUGAUUCAGACAGCAGCUCUGAAAAUGGAGAUCAACUAAGGACAUUGCUAGAUGCUGACAUGGUUGAAUGUUGACAUAAAAUUUUCUCCUUUUAAA